AUUGCAACCCUAGCUAAUAAUGGCCUCCAAAAAACUCCUUCCUCUUUUCCUCCUCCCACUCAUCCUUCCAAUCUCCUACGCUGCAACUUUUGAAAUUGUCAACCAGUGCCAAGACACAGUAUGGGCAGCUGCCAUCCCCGGCGGCGGCCAGCAGCUCAACAGAGGCCAAUCAUGGACAAUAACAGUGAACGCCGGCACCACCGGUGGCCGUAUCUGGGCACGCACAGGCUGCAACUUUGACAGCUCCGGCCAAGGCAACUGUGAAACCGGUGACUGCAAUGGUCUCUUGCAAUGCCAAGGCUACGGCCAACCACCCAACACUCUCGCCGAGUUUGCCCUAAACCAGUUCGAAAACCUAGAUUUCAUUGAUAUCUCUUUGGUUGAUGGGUUCAAUGUGCCCAUGGACUUCAGUCCGACCAGUGGGUGUGCACGUGGAAUCCAGUGCUCGGCGGACAUCAACGGGCAGUGUCCUGCAGAGUUAAAGGCUCCCGGAGGAUGUAACAACCCUUGCACUGUGUUCAAAACUGAUGAGUAUUGUUGUAACUCAGGGAGUUGUGGACCAACUUAUUAUUCUAAGUUUUUUAAGAAUCUCUGUCCUGAUGCUUAUAGCUACCCUAAAGAUGAUCAGACCAGCACUUUUACUUGCCCUGGUGAUACUAAUUAUAAGGUGGUCUUCUGCCCUUAAAUUAUAUGGACGUUCAUGUAUGCACACAUGCACUUGCAUGCAGGUAGCUCUUAGAUGGAGACUUGUCUUACGCUCCUUGAUAAUUAAAUAAUGUCGUUGCAUCCGAUGGAUGGGCAAUGCAAUAUAAUGAA